GCCCGCGGGGCUGGGGGGGCUCGCCAGGCGACGUCACCGCAGGGAUACCGGGCCGCUCCGUCCGCGCCCGCCUCUCACAGCCGGCCCUGCCCCCUCCGUCGUCCCCGCCGCCGUCGCCGCUAUCGUCGUCGUCAGUCCCGGCGCGACGCGCGACCCCCGCAGGGAGAAAAGCCCCGCCGCGGCGCUCACGCAUGCGCAGCGCAGCGGCAGGCGCGCCUCGCGGGGCGCACGUGAUUUCCUCCGUGCGGCGGGACGCCGUGACGUAACGCAGGCUGCGGCGGCAAGUUUCGAACGCGAGAGGGGAGCGCGGGGACAGCGGCUGUCAGCGCCCGGCGCGCCGCCCGGCACAGGCUGUGUGAAGAUGUGAAUAUUUCUGAAAUAAGCUGUUGGCUGCCUGUUUUGUCAAAGCAAUGGCUUCUCAAGAGUUUAUUGUAUUAUACACUCACCAAAAAAUGAAAAAAUCAAAAACGUGGCAAGACGGAAUUCUGAGGAUGAGAAGUGGCGGAAAUAAGGCUAUCUUGUUUGAUGAUAAAGGACAAUGUUUGGAGAGUAUUUUCGUAACAUCUCAGGUGAACAUUGGAGACAAUUUGGAAAGUGAACGAUAUUUGAUCACAGUUGAAGCAGUAAAAGUCAACGAAAAAUCUUUUGAAGAUCAGCCAAGGAAAGCAGUAACUUCAACAGUGGACAGAAACAGUGGAAAAUCUGGUAUUCUGCCUCCAAGACAUCUGUCUGUCGGCUUGAAAAGGAAGUUUACGGGUUUCCAAGGGCCACGCCAAGUUGAAAAGAAAAUAUCAACAAUGGAAGAUGGAGAAAAAACAACAAUAUUGCCUUUAUCUAAGCAGUGUCAGGAUACUUUUCCAUCCAAGUUUUUUGUUACCUCUCCUUUAUUUUCUACCAUUUGCAAGAAGGACGUGGAAACAAAUCUAUCUGCAGACUUUCGUGAAGACACAUGUAUGGAUAAUGAUAGAGAACACACGUCUCUCUCCUCACUGCUUUCAGCUCCAUUUCUUGGCAGAUGUGAGGAGACGGGGAAUCAGAACUCUGACCAGUUUGUUGUGAAGCCAAAAUCUCCUAUAAUUACCAGGCACACAAAAUCUAGUAAUCACGCAGCAAAUCAUGGGGUAAUGUCACACAGCAUCAGGAGCACUGCACAGGUAAUAGCUCUUUUGAAUUCUCAGCCAACACAAGGAUGCAGAGAGCCAACAACAUCUGAAGCCACAGAACAUGUUUCUAGGUUCCAGACAUCAGAAAAUCUGACUAGUUUAUGUAACCAGAAAACCACAAUCCUACCUGCUUUUUCAGCCAAGCCUCCCAAAAGACUCAUUGAAAACAUUCAGCACCUGCCUUCGAUGAGAAGAACUAUAAAUGAAAACAAGGAAUGUAAUGCUGCACUGCUUUUAAAUUUAGCUGAACAGUCUUGUGAUCAAGAAGUUGCAGGACAGAGACAUGCUGAAAAGGCAAAUAGCUUAAGCCAAGAUUUACAAGAUCCUUGCAACAUAAAUAGUUGCAUCCUUCCUGAGUCUGCCAUACGGAGAAUGAAUGACAGUCAGUUUGUCCCAUCCUCAGGUGAUAUUUUGUGUUCAGCAAGUCCAGUCAACUUUAAAAAAGAUCUCUCCGCAUACAGGGAGCAUUCAGUGACUAAUGGCCUUAAGGAGAAUUCAUCUGUGAAGCUACCAAGUGAACUUCAGCCUAGACAAAGUUUAGAAAGAGUGCCUCAUCACCCAGAGCUCUCUGUGGACAUAACAUUGACUGAAACUGGAAUUGUAAAGGAAGAAUUUAGUACAGGUGGCCAAGACUGUGACCCAGAUGAACAGGUGAUGGAGGUUAACUUCAGUCUGAUGGAGGCUUUUGAUUUUAAUGACAGAGACAAUGAAGAUCUGUGUGAAAGAGAUGUGAAUAAGCUCACUGACGGAGACACGCUUUCACAGAGUCCAGAUUGCUUAAAUGGAGAAGAUGUAGCACCAAAUGCUUCACAGAGACUUGGUUCUUGCUGUGAAGUAGUGACACACUGUCAAAAUGAAAAAAUCAAGUGUUCAAUGUUUAACAGAGAGAAUGGUGGAAAUUACUGCCCUGGGGAUACACCACCUCAACUUUGUGAUAACAGUUUUGGAGACACGGGGAGAAUUGCAGAAGGCUCUGCAAAUCAGAACAGAAUUGAAGUGGAGCUUUUGGGUGAUGGACACAACAUUAAAGAGAUUAAUGAACGUCAAUUAAGUACUGAAGCCACAAACAGUAAAGAGGAUCUUGCUGGCUGCACAGUGCACACCAUUAGUGCCACAUCAUGGAUAAAAAGCAAGCCCUCUGAUCUUUUGCCCAGUGACACAAAUGUUGAUGGAUGUCAGCCUAAAACCAGUACGUUGGAGAAAAGUAGAAAUGUUUCAUGUAUUUCUACCAGUAGAGUAAUUUCUGCAGUGGACAAAAGUACUGUAGAAGAUGUUACACAGUUUGGAUUUAUGAAAUCCCCAGAUGUUGAUUUAGAACACCUCUGGGGUACUAAGGGUGAUGACAUUAAACAAGGUAGCCCUUUCCUGCCUUUGUCACAAAAAGCAGAUCCUAGCUAUGGCUCAUUCCAAUAUAUUGCAGACCACCAUCAAAAUAUAUUUGGUAUUUCACAUCAGGAAGAUACUUACAGUUCCAGAAGUUCUGUCUGCCCGUUAGGAAAAGGCCAUUCAACUCCAGAGAAAGCAUCGAUAGGUGAACCUGAGUCUGAAAAUAUAGAGAGUGUAAAUUCCUUUGAGGAAGACUGCAAAGGUGAAAGAAUAGGAAUGGAUUGCCUGAAACAUACGGCAACGGCUGAAAAUUCUUCGUAUCUUCCUGAUUUAGUAAAUGAUAUCGCUCUUGUAAGAGCUUUGACUCAACAUAGCACAGCAUUAGAAAGCUUACAAAAGAUGGAGGAAAAUAAUAGCCUAUUAUAUGAAGCAGAGACUUCUAAAGAGAUACUUGAACCCUUUGUGCAAGAUGAAGCUAUAAACCAGUUUACAGAAAUGCCUUACUCAGAAAGCGUACAGGCAUCUUCCUGUUCAUACUUUGAUUCUGCUGGCCUUAUGCCCAACUGUGUGGACAAUGUUAUACAGAAAAGAGAAGCAUGUAUUCUACCAGUAGCUGUAGCCCAAAGAGACCCUAGGACAUCUGACUGCCAACCAAAGCCUGUUGCAUUUCAAGGGCACCGAGUAAACGGAUCAGCAGCUAGUGAGGUAAUGCUGAGAGGUCCCUGCUCACAGCUAGGAUUGCAACAGUACCCAGAUAAUAUGGAGACAUUUUUGACACCCCUAUUUUCAAGCAAUUAUGUCUCCUCUGACUUCAGACAGUCUCCAGGUUCAAGGAGCCUUUAUGAAGAUGAUACUGACUUUAUCAGAGAAGAGACUUUCCAAGACAAGUCUGACAUUAUCAAAGAGUUGAGAACAGAUGAGUCCCCAUUGGCACUGAAUGUGUAUUCUGGACUUCCACCAUGGACAUCAGACUCACCUUCAUGUUCUGAUUUGAGACAAACGCACUGGACUUCCUGGGAACCUGACAAGAUGGUUUCACCAGUAGAACUGACUUCCUUACUUGACCCAGACUCUACAGUUUCUCCAGCUUCAGGAAGUGAGGAAACUAUUGGAGACAUCCAGGAGCCCCCAAUACACAGGAUCUUGCCAAAUGAACCAGAACUUUCAGAUUUUUUUUUCACCCAGGAGAAAUCCAGCUUUCCAGAGGAGUGCAACCUCUCAAGAUUCAAACCGGCGGUUAAAACCCGAGCUCCAUUUGUCACUCUUCCUGCCACUGAAAAGAAUCCUGAUAAGGUUUAUCCAACUGACAGUGAGGAGGUCCAGCAAGCUUUUGGCUCUUCAGUAGUCCAUUUAGGCAACAAAUUAGGAGUAUUUCCGUUCAGUGUUUUUGGCCCUGAGGACAGAAAUUAUGAAACCUCUGUGUUUGGAGAGUAUACGGAAGACAGAGAAAGGGAAUCCAUACAACCACUGUUCCCUAAUGUGGUUUCACAAAAUAGACAAAGCAAGUGGCUAAAAUAUCAAAACAGUGCUCAGUGUGACUUGAUAACUCAAAACAGUGACGAUGGGGAAGUGGAUGACAACAUCUGCACUGAGAGCGUCCUUGGAAUGCUGCUGGGUGACACAGGAGAGAGCAGUGCUGUGAACAAAAGUGCUCCCGGCUCUGCACUUCUGCUGUCAGCCAAGAGCAUGCUUGGAGAAGGCUGUGCAGAGACCAGCAACCAGGAUUUGAUUUCAGAGGGGAAGUUACUUUCUCUGCAUUUAAGUCAGACACCUUUGGCAGAAGCAACACAAAAGGUGUUAAAUCACCUGAGCUGCCACACCGUAAGAGGAAAUGGCCAGGACAUAGCGAUUUCUGAGUUGUCUUUUCCUAACGCGGACAAAGUAAAACAUGCCAGUCUUCCAAAAAGAAAGAUUUCCAUACCAACUGUAUUUCAGUCUCAUGUUCAAUAUAAACAGAUUUUUAAAGCUGCUCUGACAGAGCAAUUAAACAUAAUGCUGUUUGAGCUGUCACAAAGACUACACCAUGCUCUUGCAAAAGUGGAUAUAUCAUUUUACACUUCCUUGAAAGAUGGGCAAAGUGAGAGCCAAGCAAGCCGCGGUCCACUCUGCAAUCACAUGCAUCCUGCUAAGCUUGUUACUGUUAAAAAAGAAGGUCAAAACAAGGGUCGGAUGUUCUAUACCUGUGAUGCUCCAAAAGCUGAGCAGUGCUCCUUUUUCAAGUGGAUAGAAGAUGUGAACCCUGCACAGAUAAAAUCUAGACCUAGUCUAGUGCUUCAUGAUAUAAAAAGUAUUGGGACAUACCUUAGAAGUCAAAAGAUUUCUCUCUAUGAGGGAUGCCAGCUUUUGGUGAGGAGAGCCUUUGAGAUUCAAACACAGCGGUGUAGUAAGUUCAAGAAAUAUAUGAAUAUACCUGAUAGAUAUGAUGGUGAUUCCAAAACCAAAUUAUACCUCAAACUAAGCAGAAAGGAGCAUUAUUCUCUGUACAGCAAAGAUGAUAUUUGGGUUGUCUCGAAGACUCUGAACUUUGAUCUCCUUGAUACUUUCAUUGCAAGUAGUGUUUUCUUUGGGCCAUCCUCCAACAAUGAAGUAGAAUUACUACCACUAAAAGGCUACUGUCCUUCAAACUGGCGCUCAAAUACGCCUGUUCACGCCCUGCUGGUUUGUAACGCCAGCGGCGAGCUGACAGCUUUGAGAAAUAUGGAGGAGCACUUCAAUCCAUCAACGUUACCACUAAUACCCUAUCUACUCAAAAUGAAUUUUGAUUCUGAAAAUGCUACUAAUAGAGGCUACAAAAGAAAAUUUAUUCCACCUGCUGUCAGCCUGAAACACACAAUGAUGCCUGGACCUGUCAGUGCUGAAGUGGUGAUGGGACUAGCUAAAAAGAUGAUCCAAAAGUUCUCGUUGAACCCAGAUCAAACUACAGCCCUGAUUCAGAUAGCUCACAUGAUGACCUCUUGUGAAAAUACCAAACCAGUGGAAGGACAUCGGAUCUUCCCUGUCACAAUCAUACGUGGUGUGUUUGGAGCUGGGAAGAGCUAUCUGCUGUCUGUUGUGAUCUUGUUCCUAGUACAGCUCUUUGAAAGCAGUGAAGCUACAGAGGGUCCAAGGCCAGUUCCAUGGAAACUUCUGAUUGCUUCUUCCACUAAUGUUGCUGUUGACAGGAUACUGUUGUGUUUACUUGAUCUUGGAUUUGAGGAUUUUAUCAGAGUGGGAAGUAUUAGGAAAAUCACCAAAGCGAUUCUUCCCCAUAGUUUACAUGCUGGCUCAGGAAAUGAAAACGAGCAGUUAAAAGAGCUGUUUGCUCUCAUGAAAGAAGAUUUAACUCCAGUUGAAAAAAUGUAUGUAAGGAAGAGUAUUGAGCAACAUAAACUGGGGACCAAUAAAACUAUACUGCAACAGGUAAAAGUGGUUGGAGUGACCUGUGCUGCCUGCCCCUUCCCUUGUCUGAACACUCUCAAGUUUCCUGUAGUGUUGCUGGAUGAGUGCAGUCAGAUGACUGAACCUGCCUCUCUCCUUCCUAUCGCAAGGUUUCAGUGUGAAAAGCUAGUCCUUGUUGGAGACCCCAAGCAAUUACCACCAACUAUUCAAGGGUCUGAGAGUCAUCAUGAAAAGGGACUGGAGCAGACUCUCUUUGACCGCCUUUGCCUAAUGGGACAUAAACCGACACUCCUUCGGACACAGUACCGAUGUCACCCUGCUAUUAGCGCCAUAGCCAACGAGCUGUUCUACGAAGGAAACCUGAUAGAUGGGGUUUCUGAAAAAGACAGGAGUCCUGUACUGGAUUGGCUUCCAACACUAUGUUUUUAUAAUGUUAAUGGGGUAGAGCAAAUGGAAAUAGGCAACAGCUUUUAUAACAUGGCAGAAGCUCAUUUUACGGUCAAGCUCAUCCAGUCUCUGAUUGCAAGUGGAAUAGAAGCGUCCGCAAUUGGUGUGAUUACUCUUUAUAAAUCACAGAUGACUAAGAUUCAGAAUUUGGUUAAUGGUGUACACUCGGAGGCUUUUGAACUGCAAGCUGUGCAGGUGUCCACUGUAGAUGCCUUCCAAGGCGCCGAGAAGGAGAUCAUUGUUUUGUCCUGUGUGAGAACCAGACAAAUCGGGUUCAUAGACUCAGAAAAGAGAAUGAACGUCGCGCUAACGAGAGCCAAGAGGCACUUGCUGAUUGUUGGAAAUCUGGCCUGUUUAAGUAGGAAUCAACUGUGGGGAAGAGUAAUUCACCACUGCAAAGGAUGGGAAAAUGGAUUACAACAUGUAAGCCAGUGUGAGCAACAGCUCAACAACAUUCUUCAGUGUUAUCUGGAGCAACGGAAGGCAGAGGAGCAGAAUAAGAAAAAGGUGAAGUGAAAUGUGUGCCUGUUUAAUGAAAACAUGAAGUGUGUGUCUAUAAAAAUUAUCAGAAUGAUUGCAAAUCUAUUUAAUGUGAGAAAGUUUUGUGUGGAUCUCAGUGAUAUUUCUAGUUUGAUCUCGUUUGUAUGACCAAAAAUGAAUAAAGUAACU